CAUCCCCUACUCCAUCAUCCACAAUCACCACUUCAGAGUUGCUCUACAUUCGAUCAGCUGCAGUAGACGUGCAUUUCAGUUUAUAGUGCGAGAGCAUUUGUCUUUGCGAAGAUGGCCCACACUCUCUCCCACACCGAGCUCCUCAACUGCGACGCUGCCGAUGCUUGGGAAUGUUGCAAGCACUCCGACAAGGUUUUGCCAGACCUACUGCCCGAGUACUUCUCCAGUGCUGAGAUUCUCGAGGGCAAUGGCGGCCCCGGCACUCUCCGUGUCUUGCACUUUGGUCCUGCCAUUCCUCAGGCCGGGGCUGCUAAGGAACGCCUAGACAAAGUAGACGAGGCAAGCAAGACGCUGUCCUACACCGUCGUCGAGGGCGAUCCCAGGUACACCAACUUCACCGCAGACGUGUCCUUCAAGUCCGUGGGCGACAACCAGACCGAGGCCACCUGGACUGCCAAGUAUGACCCUGUCGGUGAAGCAGGACCCCCCGAGCACAUCAAGAACAUCAGCAUCCUCAUGUUCAAGACCUUCGAGAAGGCCAUCCAACAAAAGAAGACGGUGACGCACACUGAGACUCUGAACGCAUCACCCGAUGCGAUCUGGAAGGCAGUGAAGGAAGAGAACAGUAUUCUCCCCGCGGCCAUGCCCCAAGUCUUCGAGUCCAUCUCCUUCGUCCAGGGCAGCGGCGAGCCCGGCAGCGUCCGCGUCUGCAAGAUGGGCCCAGCCAUUCCCGGUGGCGGUGAAGUAGUGGAGCGAUUAGACAUCCUAGACGACGGGAGCAAGGUAGUGGGAUGGACAGUACUGAAGGGUGACCCCCGAUUCAAACACGUCUCCGCAGUGUUGAAAUACGCUCCAGGACCGAGCGAUGGCACGACAACUGCAACCUGGACAGCCACGUUCGUGCCAGUAGAAGAAAACGGCACACUGGAGAACAAAUUCGUUGUGGGGGUAUGGAAGGCGCUCGAGGCUGCUGCCGCCGCUUAAAUGCGCGACGGCACUGGUGGCACCGAGCUCCCCAAUAGUUCGCAAUUGGUGCCGGGAUCCACCGUAAGGUCGCAUUUUGUCUAACUGGGUUGUAGAAUUGCAGCGACUGCUCGCUAUCCCCAUCGAUUUGGCUGAGGUGGCCGCACCCCUUCUCCACUAGAUCCUCAGCAUUGCUGAUAAACGCCAAUUUAAUGGUCUUACAUAAUCCGCUAUAGUGCGUUACGUAGAUACCCAUCAUGUCUGUAAGUUGCAGAGUUUAAUGAGCAUAUUUGAGGUUGUGUAUAAAUCAUUCAAUGUGCUUGCUUGUCAAAUUUGUUGGUGGGCAGUUCGUCAGCCGAGUUGUUCGAGAGAUUUGAAGUCGCUAAGUUGUUACAAGAUUACUACUGUUGCACUUGAUGUGUGCAUUUGUUCCAGUCGGUGGUGGUUGUGGGAAAUAUGAGAAAUUUGGAGAGAUUUAAGAGA